AUGAUUGAGAAUAAUCGGCCUCUGGAUGUUCUUGUAAUCGGAGCAGGAAUUGCGGGCCUUUCAGCGGCAAUUGCUCUCGGAAAACAAGGGCAUCAUGUAGUGUAUCACUGUGCCCAGAUUCUAGAAAGAUCAUCUUUUCUGAGGGAAACUGGAGCUGCAAUUCACCUUCCUCCAAAUUGUACAGCUCUGCUGAAAUGGAUGGGAGUGGAUCCGGAAGAAUUUGGGGGCACAAUUAUGAAUGAGAUCCAUCGAUAUAGUCAUGCCGGUGAGCUCAAGUAUAAGAAGGAUUUCGCUGGGGUUCGAGAGACGUGGCAGGCAGAAUGGUAUCUUGUUCACAGAGUGGACCUGCACAAUAAUCUCAAGCUGCAUGCGCUCAAGACCGCCACUCUGCAUACAGGAUGCAAGAUUACCGAUGUGGAUAUCAAUACCUCUCGCCCAUCAGUCACUCUAGAAGAUGGUCGCAUUUUUGAUGCCGACCUUUUGCUUGGUGCGGAUGGACUCCAUUCCCAAAUACGAAGGUCAGUUGCUCCAGGGGCGCCUGGCCCCUAUGCCGUGGGGAAGUCAUGCUAUCGGUGGCUCCUCCCUACUGAUAAAUUGAGGAAGCACGAAACAUCACGCGGUUUCGUUGAAGACCCUGGUAUCUUUAUGGAGUGGGCUACGGAAGGUGCUCGCUUAGUCGCUUAUCCUUGUUCCGAUAACAAGGUCUUUAACCUGUGCGCAUUUCUGCCUUCGAAAGAGGCCGAGUCGAGCGCCUCGCAAGUUGAUGGUUGGCAAACGGUCGGGGAUCAAAACGCGGUUGUCCAAGGCUUUGCCGAUUUCCAUCCCGGAGUUCAACAGAUCGUCCAAGAUGCCGAUCAGAACCUCAGAGUGUGGGAUUUGUAUGACAUGGAGAUGCUCCCGACCUGGACUGUAGGCCAAACUGCUCUAAUUGGCGAUGCUGCACAUCCGUUUCAGCCAUACAUGGGACAAGGGGGUGCCAUGGCAAUCGAAGAUGCUGUUGGCAUCGCUACUUUACUGCCCUAUGGUAGCAAAGCCAGCGAUAUUCCUUCGCGCCUCGAGUUGUACCAGUCGUCUCGUCGGCCACGAGUGGAAAUGAUCCUCAAUUUUACUCGAUUGAACGGUCGCGAUGACAGCGAUGCUGCUGGGGCCCGAAUCACGCGUAAGUUUCUCUGCUUCAAGAAGCGUGAGCAAAAUAGCUGA